AUGUCUUUAAGACGCUCAGCACGCGUCGCAAGUACUAAUAUACCAAAAGUAUCAGAUUCAGAUAGUCAAAAUGGUGUUGCAAGGUAUGAGAAAGCUACCAAAUCAAAUGCGGCGGCAAAGAAGCGCAAAACUUCGAAAGGAAUCAUAGAACAGCCAAUUCCGGAUAUUGCAUCCCCAUCUGACCCCGUAACGCCUCUUCCCAAGAAACGCAAAACGAAGCCAACUGGAGAAUCGCCAAUAAAGCUAGUCCCUUUUACACCCACUCCUGCAGCCGUCACGCUUCUAUCAAAAGGCCGAACAGACUUGGAUCACCCACUGGACGAUCUUUCUAACCUGCAACCCCGUCCUGCAGAACCACACAUCACAAACGCACCUCUAGCGACACCAAACGGCUCUCACACCGUCCAAGCCUACGGAUCAUCACCAGUAAAGCCCGAAGACGCAACACCUGCUCGCAAGCGCAAAGCCAAAGAACUGGUACCUCCGGACGUGGGCGCGAUCCCCAGUGCAAGCACGAACAUCGAUCGCCUGUUAAAAGACGCAGAAGCACAUUUAGUGAGCGUAGACCCCAAAUUGAAGACAUUGAUCGAAAAGCAUCAUUGUAAGAUUUUCAGUCCAGAGGGGCUGCGAGAAGUAGUGGAUCCAUUUACAGCCUUGAGUUCCGGGAUCAUUGGACAACAGGUACUUCCCCAAGCCGCCGCCUCCAUCCGCUCAAAAUUCACAUGCCUCUUCCCCUCCACCCACCCUUCCUUCCCUUCCCCCUCCCAAGUCCUCGCUCUUUCCUUACCUACCCUGCGUACGGCGGGGCUAUCCCAGCGCAAAGCAGAGUACAUCCACGGACUCGCCGAGAAAUUCGCGUCGGGUGAGCUCUCAGCUGAGAUGCUAGUAAGUGCCAGCGACGAAGAGCUGAUUGAGAAGCUUGUCGCAGUGCGCGGGCUGGGGCGCUGGAGUGUGGAGAUGUUUGCGUGUUUUGGGUUGAAGAGGAUGGAUGUUUUUAGUACGGGUGAUUUGGGGGUACAACGCGGUAUGGCCGUCUACGCUGGCCGAGACGUAAGCAAACUUAAGAAUAAAGGUGGGAAGUGGAAAUAUAUGAGUGAGCAAGACAUGCUUGCUACAGCCGCCAAGUUCUCACCGUAUAGAUCACUCCUCAUGUGGUACAUGUGGCGCAUAGCCGAUGUUGACGUCACUGUCUUGCAAAAGCCAUGA